AUGGAAAGCGGCGAGCCCAGGCCACAGCAGCACCGCGGAGCGCUCCGGCCGGAGCACGAGGUCAAGUACGGCGUGUCCGUGACGAGCCGCAGCGCAGCGACCGGCGACGCGCUCCAGGCCACCUGCCUCUUUUGCGUGCACUUUGGCCGGCAAAUUCGGUCCGAGCGCGCGCGCAGCAUCGCGACGCAGGUCAAGGUCUACGAGCCGCCGUUCCGCACCGACAACUUUGUGCAGCACAAUAGACUGCACCACUGGGACCACUGGAUCGCGUACAGUGCGCGGGACCCGGACGCGAAGCUCGUCUACUUCCCGGCGGCGCCGAUCCCGUCAACGAUGCAGAUCGCCGUGGCGCCCAAACGCCGGUCGACCGCCAAGCGCCCGGCGUCGCCCGAGCCCGAGCCCGUGCUGCCAAAGAAGGCAAAACCCGACGCUAUCUCGUUCGGUGAUCUGUUGGAGCUCGAGCGCACCAAGUAUGCGCUCGAGACGGACAUGAUGAAGAUGGACUUGGAGCUCAAGAACGUCCAGGUCGUGCUCUCGACGAUGCUCGCGCGGCAAAAGCUUGUGAACGCUGGUGUGCCCCAAAGCGAGAUUGACGCGAUGCUACCGCUACCAUCUCAGCGGCAGCCGACAAUCACGCGCAUCUGAGUAAGUGGCAUUCACAAAUGAUUAUUCAUCCAUC